AUGGCUUCUAGUGAGGAAGAGGAAGAUAUAGGAACGGUAACAAAUCAUUUAGGCCAAGAAUUACAAAGUAUAUUUAAUCAAAUCGAAGCCAACUUACCCACCAUAGACAGCGAUACUUCUGAUGUGGGAAGCGAAGAAGAGGUUCAAAUAUUCGAUCGAUAUAUAAAUCAUGAAGUAACUUUAUUAAAUCAGCCGCCACUCAAUGGAAAUGAUGAACAACAAAUUUUGACAGCAGAUCAGCCUAAUAAUGAGUCAAAUAAGAAAUUCAACGAUAGUCAUCUUAGUUCUAAUACUCAAGAUGAUGAAGGUAGCGGUAGUCAAAAGGCUAGACCAGCAGAAAUUAUGAAAGAAAUACAAUUAGAACCCAAUGACUUUUCAAGCAUCAUUUCAGCAAAUACGUUACAUAGCCAUUUUAUUCCUAUUCAAAGUCCAGUAUUACAGAUUCCUAACUUGGAGGAAAGUGAUAUUGAAUCAAUAGUAAAUCAAAUAGGCAAGAAAGAACAGAGACAUGUUUAUAGACCGAUUCAAAAAUUCACCCAUGAUAUCUAUCAAGUAUCCGAUCGAGAAGAAGAGACUGAUAAUAUUUCCUUAAUGGAUAAAUUAACGGCAUUGGCUAUACAACAAGGCGGAGAAAUAGCACCAUCUAGGUCGGAAACUUCAGCGUCUAAAAGUAAUGACGACUUGGAUAGCUCCAUAUCUGUCUCCUAUCAGCCUGAAGAGGAAAAGGUGCUGAAAGAGAGCGAAAAUAAUGUUGCGAAAUUACAAUUACAGAAUACCAACGAGAUAAACCCAGUAGUUACUCUUGCUGAUGAAAAUAAGCAGACUGUCUUUCUCGAUUUGCGACAAGAAGCAAUGGAAGAGAAAAUUCAGGAGGAGAAUUCGUUAUCAGCAGGUGGAAAACGUUUACUGGCACUCAGAAUGAAAGCACAAAGUGAAAGUUCCCAAGAUAGCGAUUCCAGUCUAAGCGAUGAGGAAAGUAAUAACAAGCAAUGGGUCAGUCUGCGCAACAAAAUCAAAAGCACGAGCUUGCAAGAAAGUAAAAAGUUGCAGCAAGACCAACAACAUCAGAUGUCUGCAGUUGAUCAGUUUACUCCUAUGACAAUUCAAAAGCCACAGGAUAAACCCUACGAAGCUCCAAAGCAAUCAAGAUCGAUUGGAACUAAUGUAUCAAAAGUUGACUUAGUGGAUAAAAAUAAUAAAGCGGAAAGCCAAUUAAAGCCUGAUAUAAGUGUGGUUAAUAAUAAAAAUUCCAAGACUACUAAUGCUAAACAAAGCAUCCAACAAGAUAAAGCUAAACGUCAACGAUUAGCUAAAAGAAUUAAAAGUAUGAAGCCUAAAAAUUCUUGGUUAGGUUUCCAUCCAACAGCUGUAGAAACACCAGUCCUCUUUGAUCAGGAUGUUACCUUUGCUCAACCUCCUACUGUUUUACCCUUCGACUUGAAUGAAAAAAUAUGCAUGAUCCUGAAAUUACCUUUAAUUGGGUUAAAUGAAGCUAAUAUUUCUGUUAAAUCCAAAUCAGUUACUACGGUUGGGCGCGAUAUCCUUUCCAGGCUAUGCUUACGCCAUUGCUACUCAUUGAUUUUAACAUGGCUUCUGUCCUUAUUGAAUAAAGCAACAUCCAAUUACCCUGAUAAAUUAGCAUCUUUGCCGCCUUUUAUUGUUGUUGGAUUACAACAAGUUACAAUAAAUGGCAAAUUAUCUAUCGAUGUUGUUAUUACGGAAUCAGCAAGCCAAAAAUUAAAUCGACAUCAACAGCAAGAACUCGAUGAUAGUAAAACUCGUAAAAGGAGAGAUUCUAGACAAAGUUUCUAUCAGAGUGUUUAUAAAUAUCUGUCGACAACCAACUUUAACAAGCUCUUUCCUUGGAUUAUCAAGAAGGAUAAUCAUGUUAUUGCCCAGUGUAAACAAGUGAAUUUUCAUUUACCAGACGGUCUCCAUCUUUUACUCAAUCAAUCUAUAUCUAGUUUUAUUAAAGUAGAAACUGAUGCAAAGACUAUCCAGCAAUGCUUAGAUCAUCGUCAUAGCUACUUUUGGAUAACAUUAGAUACAGAUGAUUCUAUAGAUAGUAAAAGUUAUCAAGAUUCGACAUUAUCGUAUGAAUAUCCAUUUCAGACGACCAUCUUAAGACUACAGCAUGAAUUAUAUAGUAAUCCACAAACUAAUUUUGCAUUUUUUUACGAAUUUUGGAGCCAAGGCUUUGAUAUUAGUGGACUACGACUAUUAUAUGAUCCUUCAUCUCCAGAUCGUCAUCAUCAAUGGAUGCCAACACUUUAUAUUGCCUUACGUGGACCUUUAGCUAUUGAAAAAUGCCGCCAAAUUCUUGGCCCAUUAGAUGCUAAUCUAGCUCGACGAACGGAUCCAACAUCUUUAUCUGCCUUAUAUUGCAGUCCAAUACGACAAAGUAAUCGUCCAUUAGUCAGUUGUACCAAUUCAAAGUUGAGAUCAUUAGAUGAAUUAUGCCAAAUUUUCGGUGGUCGAAUACCACUGGAUCAGCAUGGUCAAGUUCUUACUGACACAUUAAAUUGUCAACAAGAUAUUUUCCUGUUAGCAGCUUGUGUUGAAACAAGUAUUGUGCUAAUCUUGUCUCCGUGGAUACCUAUUGAUCAUCUACCUCAGAUUAUAAAGCUAUGCUUGAGCCAUGGCUUUCUUUUACAAGAUAUGCAUAGGACUAGUUUAACCCAUGGACAGAUUGCAAGUUUAUCCAUGCAAAAAUAUUACUCAAAUGAUCAUUGGAAAUUCAAGGGAGAAAUUAAAAACAAUGUCGCUUAUCCGCCAAGUGUCACAUUUCUCCAUUUACGACGUGAAAAUGCUCUUCAUCAAUCUUCUCAAUUAAUUGAAAUUAUUGUUCGACAUUUAACACCUUGGAUUCAAAACCAUGAUGGUAAAAUUAAUACUGGCGAUUUAAUUAAAAUUCUACCCUAUCAUGAUGAGAAUUUAAAAUCGAUAACAAGACAAUUUAGCCUCUUACCUUCUACUAAUCCAAUCCUAUUAAAUUGUAAUCUUCCACCAUUUUAUUCCUAUCCCGAUUAUGAGCAAGUUGUUGUUGUUAAUUUUACCUCUAUUAAGCAACUAUCGCUAUGUGCGGAUGCUAUGGCCCAAUUAAUUCAUAAUCAGGUCGGAGAAGAAACGGUCUUGCAACGUCGGCUAGAGAUUAUUGGGCUGAAAUAUAUCCCUCAAUUGCCAGCGGUGAUUGCUAGUGAAUUAUCGCAGUUUGAGGUAGGCCAUAUUGGCUAUAAAGAAAGUAUUCAGGCUAUGAUUGGUAGGCCUGCAGUAUCCAUUUUGAUCCGAGCUAUCGACGCUUUCCAGCUGCUAAGCAAGAACGUAGCUCAAAUCCAAGCAUCGACAUUUACAUUUUCUAUCCUUAUUUCACAAUCUCCGGAAAUUGCCUAUCGACAAGCAAGCUUAAUCUUUCGUAAUCGUGAAUUAGCAGUCAACGACAGUCUUCGUACAAUUUUACCUUAUAUCCCCAGUACUUUGGAUGAGGAAUAUGAAUGGAUAGAGGAGGAUUCUGAUGAUGAUUGGAGAGAAGCAAAUACUAGUAAAAAGAGAAAAAAUCGUAGCAAGAAAGCUCCAGCCUCGACCGAAUUCAGUAAAGUUAAAUUUCUGGAAAAGAUAUUCCUUCAACCCAUUAGUAUUGUAACUAUCCUGGUCAUUAAACCUGAUGCUUUCCAUAAAGUUAAUAAAAUUUUAAGACAAAUCGUUCAAAAGUCUUUCCGAAUAGUUGGUUUAAAGCAAUGCGUUCUUACUCAUGAUACUGCAAUUAAAUUGGUGGCAACAGAUCUUCCAAGGAAGGAAGAACAUAUCGAUCAUCUAACCGCUGGUCCGUCGAUAGUCCUGUGCUUACAGCGUGUUAAUGCCGUUAAGAAAUUAUUAGAUUUGGCUGGUCCGGAAAAUCCUGAUGAAGCUCGAAAAUUGGAUGGAUUUAGCUGGCGUUCUCAAUAUGGCUCAACAUCCUAUAUGCAGGCAAUACAAGAUGUCAAGUUGCUCUUUCCAGAAGGAUUAUGCUGUCCAUUUAAUCCGUAUUUACAGUAUGAGCAGAUUAUCUGCCGAGCAGUAGAUGCGACAGUAGAAUCAUAUAAGCAACGUCGCCAUCUUCAAAAAAUGCAAGCGAAAGCUCAAUCAAAAUCUUUACUGCAAUCGUCAAAUUUAUCAUCACUAUCCCUACGACAAAUAACAUGCAUACUUCUGGCUCCACCAUUACUUCAAAAAUUAUCAAAAUUUGCUUUCCUACAAAUAUUGGACAUCCUCAAGUCGGCUAAUUUUGAAGUAAAAGCCAUGCGAAUGAUCUGGCUUACCGUGGAUCACGCACAAUUUUUCCACAUGAUCAUAGAUCAUAAAUCGCAAAAUUCUGGACAAAAGGUGGGACUUUUAACACAAGCUCCAUGUCUAAUCAUGGCAGCAGAAAGGGAUAAUGCUAUCUCAUGCUUCGAUAGCAUCAUAGAAAGAUUUGAUCAAAAUUCAAUUAUUAAGAAGCACGAGAAAGAAAUUUUCAUGGCUAAGGCGGAAAAAGAGGUAUGGACAUUAAAUUUUUUAUAA